CCUGGACUAUUUAGAUGUAAUUUUUAAUGUAAGAAAGCUUAUAUUGUAAUGCUAGGUGUACACAGCCCAUAUUUAUUUAAUACAGGGUAAAAUAACACCUUAUUUAUAGUAAAGACAUUAUUUUCUGUAACUAUUAUUUAUUUUCUUAAUUAAGCAAGUAUCUUUGCUUAUUAAAGUGAUUAUGAACUAUGUGGAUAAAGCGGGAAGAGACAAUAUGCCACAUAAACUAAGUUUGAUCACUGGUUAAAAAAUUGUACAGUAAUGCAAAUUAAAUAAUAGUGUUCAAAAUAUUAGGCUCAAGAAUGAUCACAAAGUAAUGUCACAUUAAAAUAGUUCUGUAGAGUAGAACAUUAAAUUACCGCAUAAUCUGUGAAUAGUAUAGAGACAAAUAGGUGCACAGCACCUUUUUGGCAGUCUAACCAAGUCCAAAGGGCAUUUCGAGUUGAACAUUUGAAUGUAAACUCUUAGGACUGCUUCGGAUUUGUCAGAUAUGCGCCUGUCCUCAUUUUUGGCCCUGUUCAGGCCUGCUUUGCCCCUGAUCCUCGGGCUGUCGCUAGGAUGUAGUCUGAGCCUGUUGAUGGUGUCCUGGACACAAGGGGAUGUGGAUAAUUCUUGCAGAGAUGGACUGGACAAUGGGAGGCUUUACCUGGCCAGAGGAGAGGCUCAGCGGGAGUCCAGGGAUGGAGGUGGGAAUGACGAGUUCCAACCGCGUAUCAUUCCCUAUCACAAAGAUCCAAACAAACCACACAAGAAAGUCCUCAGAACUCGGUACAUUCACACUGAACUGGGCAUCAAAGAGCAACUUCUGGUGGGCGUGCUGACCUCUCGGGCGACCCUGAACACGCUGGCUGUGGCCGUGAACCGCACAGUUGCCCACCAUUUCCAUCGCACCUUCUUCUUCACAGGCCUGCGUAGCCCCAAGUUACCCCAUGGCAUGACUGUUGUCGCCCAUGGCGACGACCGUCCAGUAUGGCUGAUGUACGAGACAGUGCGUCACCUCCAUCAGCAUUAUGGCUCAGACUAUGACUGGUUCCUCAUCGCCCAGGAUGACACCUACAUGCAGGCAAAUCGUCUGUCGGAGCUGGUGGGUCAUCUCAGUGCCGGUCAGGACCUGUAUAUGGGAAGGGCUGAGGAGUUCAUUGGCGGGGAGGAGAAGGCACGCUACUGUCACGGUGGCUACGGCUACCUGUUGUCACGCAGUCUGCUGGCACGUUUGCAGCCACACCUUGACAUGUGUCGUAAUGACAUCCUGAGCGUGAGGCCUGAUGAGUGGCUGGGCCGCUGUAUUAUUGAUUACUUAGGUCUCAGCUGUGUGGAGGUCCACCAGGAAAUGAGCUAUCGUUACUUUGAGCUCGGGAAAAAUGCAGAUCCUGAGCGUGAAGACAGCACGCAGUUCAAAAACGCCUUCACAGUCCAUCCUGUAUCAGAACCAAAUCUGAUGUACCGCCUCCAUAAACGCUUCAGCCAGAUGGAGCUGGAAUGGACAUAUGUCCAAAUACAGCAGCUGCAGAUGCAGAUCAACAACCUGAGUGACUUGACACCAGAGGGUAAGGCCGGAGUCACAUGGCCUGUCGGAAUCACUUCUCCCUUCAAACCGAAGACACGUUUUGAGGUCAUAAACUGGGAGUAUUUCACAGAGGAACACAUUUACUCGUGCGUCGACAGCUCCCCAAAGUGUGAGAUGAGGGGGGCUGACCGUGCCGAUGUGAAUGCCAUCCUGGAGAUCGCAGUGGAGCGCCUCAAUGAGCGCUAUCAGCCGCAACUGCGUUUCCUCAAGCGGCGUCUCCUGAAUGGCUACAGGCGCUUUGACCCCACGCGCGGUAUGGAGUAUGUGCUGGAUCUUGCACUUGAGGCCUACACUCAGAAGGGCCACAGCCAAGUCAUUGCAAAACGGGUGAACCUGUUGCGACCUCUCAGUGCAGUUGAGAUCAUCCCCAUGCCUUACGUGACAGAGGCAACGCGGGUGCAGCUCAUCUUGCCCGUCACUGCCCAGGAUCAGGACUAUGUUGGUAAUUUCCUCGACAUGUACGUGAUGAACACUCUGGACACACACGACAAUGUUUUGCUGACAUUUUUGUUCAUCUACGAUCCCUUCGAUGCUCAGCGAGUCAGCCAGACCGAUGUCUUUGCUGGUAUCAAAGCCAUGAUCGGUGAGGUGGAGAAGCGCUACGGGGAUGUAAAGAUCCCCUGGAUCAGCGUCAAAACAGAGGUGCCUUCACAGGUGAAGCUAAUGGACAUAAUUUCUAAGAAGCAUCCGGUAGACACGCUGUUUUUCCUGGCCAGCGUGUGGACAGAGGUCAACGGCGACUUUCUGAAUCGCUGUAGAAUGAACGCCAUCAGCAACUGGCAGGUCUUCUUCCCCAUCCACUUCCAAGAGUACAACCCUGCUGUUGUCUACCGAGACCAGCAGCCCUCCGCCGCCUCUUCUUUCUCCUCUGAGUCACUGAGAGACGGCCACUUUGACCGCCACGUGUUUGACGAGGCCUGCUUUUACAAUGCUGACUACAUGACGGCGCGAACCAAGAUGGCGGCUAGCAUCUUGGACAACGAGGAGCUGCUGGAGAGCAUGGAUGUCUACGAUAUAUUUGUCCGCUACUCAGGACUACACGUGUUCCGAGCAGUAGAGCCUGCACUGGUCCAGAAAUAUGUGCGACGAGCUUGCAACCCACGCUUCAGCGAGGACAUCUACCACCGCUGCGUGCUCAGCAACCUGGAGGGUUUGGGGUCACGCUCCCAUCUGGCAAUGGCUCUGUUUGAACAAGAGCAGGCCAACAGCACCUAGUGGUCAGACUGCAGUAUUGACACGUGGUAUAUGUACAGGGGAACUAAGAAGUGCUCAAGGAGAAUGAACAAUGUGAGGCGCUCGUUUCAGAGGAGAGAAGUCAGUGACAAGUCAACAAGCCGCAGUCUCUUGCUCAAGGGCACUGAAACAUACAUACGCUUGUAUACUGCAGGUGAAAGCUGGCGUCUCUGCUCGGUACUCCACCCAGAAAGCCAAACAGAAUUUCAUUUGUGAGUCAACAACUUAAAAAAAAAAAAUGAAAGAAAAUGCUGUCAUGUCUCACUGACAGGAAACAGUGAGUCACCGGGGGCACCUCCUCCCACAACUCCUCAAAUGAGGAAAUGUAACUUAUACCACGACGUUAUUACAGAAGGCGAGCAAAGUUCAAGACUUAAAAAACCCAGAGAACCUUCAUUGUUUAAUGAUGUUAAUAAGUUUACGGUGAGAGAAAGGAAAAAAUUGAGCCGUAAGUCUUGAGGUUAGAAGAUUGAGGAUGAUGAUACUGGAAUCAACCAAAAGCCAUCGUCUGCCUUUUUCUUUAAGUCGUUGCUGUUUUUAAGAAGUAUUAAUUAAAGGGUGCUUUUCUA